AUGGACCUGGUGCUGCAGAGGCACGUCUACCACUACGGCGAGUGCCUUUCCGAGCUGCUCUCCGCGGGCAUCCCCGAGCGCGUGGGCGAGGGCAACGUCGCCGAGCGCGCUGGCAUUUCCUCCGUUCCGAAGAAGGACUCCUCUUUGCGGUUGAUUUUGGACACCAAGAGGUCGAACGCGCACUUCCAGGAGCCGCCGCGCACUCUCCUCGCGAGCGUGGAGGCGUUGGCGAACCUGGAGGUGGACGCCUCCAAGGGAGUCGCGGUGGCCUCCGCUGACGUUGACUGCUGUUUCUACCCGUGCGAGCUGCCACCUUGGGCUCGUCACUUUUUCGGGCUACUUGCCGUGCAGGCGCGCUUUCUCCAGCCGGAGGCUCGCCAGCUUCUGGGCAUCACUUACUUGUCCGAGAUGGUCCACUUUGUUGCCAGGGUGGCCCCGAUGGGCUGGUCGUGGGCUGUGCACCUCGCCCAGGUGGCCCACGCCCACAUCCUGGCUGUUGUCAGCCCGGAGUCGCCGUGGAUUGCCGACAAGGCGCCCGCCUUCGCUUUCGGCGCGCAGUGCUCCGGGGCCAAGAUGCUGCACAUGGACAGCGUUGCCGUUUUUGCAUCGGGCAGUGGCGACCCUGUGCUGGAGGUGGAGCACAUGCUGGCCGCCUUGGGCGAGCGGGGGAUCCAGGCCUCCUUCGACAGCGACGACGGCGAAUUCCACACCCUGCUUGGCUAUGUGCUGCACAAGCCCUCCGCCACCUGGCGGCUGUCGCGGAGCACGUUCUGGCGACUGAAGUUCAGCUUCGAUUUUGUGCUCGCGCCCGGGCGCCUAGUCACGGAGCGCGAGCUUGAGAGGCUCAUGGGUCACAUCACCUCCGCCAUGAUGCUGCAGCGGCCAAUGCUCUCCUUGUUCCACGCCAUCUACGAGUUCUGCCGGCGCACGCGUGACAGGGCCCUCGCGCACUUCGAGGAGGUCCCAGCGGGGCGGCUCCUGGUUGAGCCCUGGACGGCGGUAGCUGCGCGGCGCCGGCGCCGCGCCGCAGCCAUCCACGCCCUUGGGGAUGAGGGGGUGGGGUGGGCCGUGCGCCGUCUAGUUCGGAAUGCUCAGUUGCAUGGACUUCGGCACCUCGUCCUGGGGGGCAACCUCGAGCCCCGGCCGAAGCGGAUCACCCGGCGCGCCUCAGGAUCGGGCGGCGGGCGCUGGCUGCCCGGCCCUUCGGGCCCCCGCCAGGGUUGGACAUCCCGGGCGCCUGUGAGCGCUGGGCCCGCCUGGCACGGCGCGCGGCGGGCGCAUCUGUGUCCGCGGCUCUCGCGGCUGGCCGCCAGCCGGGUGCGCCCCGCCACGGAGCGCGCCUACCUGCGGGCGCUGACCUGGCUCAGGGUGAAAGCGCUCCCGGAGUGGACGCCCCUGCAGUGGGACGGCGCCCUGGUCGACUACGCCGAGUGGGCCUUCGACCGCGGCAUGGGCAGGGAGGCGUUCUCGCGCGCCCUCUGUGCUGUGGCGUGGGGAGAGCCCGCGCUGGGGGGCCCCGUGCGGCGCCUCUUUACCUCGGCCCACUCGUCGCUGGCCGGCUGGACUCGGCACCAGCCAGGGCAUUCGCGCCCGCCGCUUCCUCGAUUGCUGGCGCUGGCGUUCGCGGCGGCGCUGGCCUCGCCGGGGAAGCCAGACUCCGGGCUGUGCAUCCUGGCGAUGUUCGAGUGCUACCUGCGCCCGUCGGAGGCCACGACCCUGCUGGCCAAGCAGCUGGCGGCGGGGUAUGGGGUCGGUGUCCUGCGUAGCCCGCUGCUGAUCCUUCAUCCAGAGGAGCUGGCAAUCAGCUCCAAGACGGGCGAGUUCGACUCCACAGUGGCGUUCGAUCUACCCCGACAUCACUGGAUUGGACGCGCUGCUCUACGCCUUCAGCCCCUCCUGCGAGAGGACAAACCAUUGUUUUGUCGCGCCUACUCGCAGCUCUUUGCCGACAUCCACAUUGCCUCUCAGCACCUCAAGCUCGACGCUUUGGGCUUCGCUCCUCACUGUCUGAGGAGAUGCGACAAGGCCGGGCGGCUGGCGCUGGCGCUGCGGAGCCUCGGCGACGAACGGAAGGACGAGCGCGAGCGCUGGGCGGCGGCCGCCCCGAGGCUCUUCGGCAGCGCCUUCGCGCAGCCCUCCGUGCAGGUAGGCUUGGAGAACGACGGGCGCGUCUCGACCUCUUCUCAGGAGCCGGCGGGCUCGCCGCGGAGCUCCAGAAAAGAGGCGGAAUGGGACGCGGCUGUACUCCGGGAGAAGCUGGAGCGGAUACAGGAUGAGGUCCACGGCAUGGCCCAGACGCAGCAGACCUCCUCCGAACUGGAGCGGACGAGGCAGCACGUCAGCGAGGUGUUGGGCAGCCUGCAGCAGCAACAGAGACAGGUACUGGAGGCCCAGGAGCGGCACGAGGAGAUGGGCGCGCUGGAGAGGCAGCAGCGGCAGUGGGCCCAGGAGAAGGUGGCGGAGCUGGGCGGCAAGCUUAAGGAGAAGGACCGAAAGAUCUUGGAUAUGGGCAACUCCUUGAAGCGCACCAAAAAGAGGCUCGAGGAGUUGAUCGAAGAGACGGAACGACGCAAGCGCAGCCUCGCCAGGGUCGAGAAGGACAGGGAGCGCGCGGCCACCGCCAGGGAGCGGCUUGAGGAGCAGCGGGACCAGCUGGAGGAGGAGCUACGCUCCGUGCAGCAGUCUGGGGAAGCGGCGCGCGUGCGCUGCGAGCAGCUGCAGCGGCGGUGCCACGAGCUCGAGCGGCGGGACCAGGAGCAGCGGCAGGAUAUCAGCCUGGCCGAGCAGGGCCGCCGCCAGGAGGCCCAGGAGCUGGAAAACUCAGAGGUGCGUAGGCUGAAGGCGCUCCACGAGGCGGAGCUCGAGGACCUCCGGGGGAAGCACUCGAAGGUGCUCCUGUCCAUCCAGGCGGAGCGGAACGCGUUGACCAAGGAGCGCCAGGUGCUCGAGGAGCAGCUGCACUCGGUUGCCGCGGAGCAGCGGCAGGAGGCGGAGUCGCAGGCGGAGCGGGCCCGGCUCUGCGAGGAGUUGUCCGGGCGCCUGAUGAACGCCAAGGACGCUGUGCAGAGGCUGGAGGAGGAGAAGCGGUCGCUGCAGACCGAGGCGCGAGAUGCCCAGGCGGAGCACGACCGGCUGCGCGAGCAGCGCGAUGAGCUGGCACGGAGGCUGCGGGGCGUGGAGGAGGCGCGGCGGAAGGCGGAGGGCGACAGGCAGUCCAUGCAGCAG